AUGACAGCUACGCCGUCUAUCGCCUGCAUAGGCAUCAUAGGCAAACAUGUCAGGACUACGAAAGCUGAUGAACCCCUCCACAUCUCCCUCUUCCCACCACACGAAGAGCAGGAACUAGAUAUGUCCUUCAUUCUGAAUUCAAGCCUUGACAUAUUCGAUAUACGUACUCGCGCAAAGACGGUCGACCAGGAUCUGGGUCUACUCCAUGCAGUUGAUGAACGCCUGGCGGCCUAUGGCUGGCUUACCAACACAGGCAUCAAGUUCAUCAUCAUAGUCGAUAUGAUGGGACGGCUAGCCAAAGAAGAGCCAGAUGACAAGCGGAAGGCGCAGCCAAUCGUCGGUCUCAGGGAUGCUGAGAUGAAGCCAGCUUUUCGAGCUGUGCAGACUGCCUAUAUCCAGCUCAUGCUGAAUCCUUUCUUCACUCCGGAGGAACGUACGCCGUUGCAAUUGGCCAAUUCGAAUGGUCGGCCUGCCACCAUCACAAGCAAGAAGUUUGCAACAGAACUGCAACGGAUAGGACACGCAUGGUCUCCCGGCGUCACGAGCAUAUGA